CCCCCACCUCCUUCCCCCUCGCCCGGCAUGUAUUUGUUGUGGUGCCAGACUGUUUGUUUUACUUAACCUGAUCUGCACCUGAUUUUGGAAGAAUUUCUCACUUUUCAAAAAGUUGACCUUUCUCCUCAAGAUAUUUAUGUAACCGGGGAUUUUUUUACUACUUGAAGGUGACAUUGUGUUUCACAUUCUCCUUGUUCAGGGACGACCAUGAAUUCUUCUUUAACGUAUGAAAUAUUACUUUAUCUAAAUUCAUAUUAUUUUUGGAUGUUUGCUCUGUGUGAAUUGGGUGUUGGGAUUUUCAAGCUGCUUCAUUUACCGUACCCAUUUGGAACAUUUUUCUCUGAAAGUAUUAUGUUUGGACUCUUGUGUUGUAUUGAAUCUGCACGCAUCUUCAUGGGUCACAAAGGUAACUUGACAGAGCGAUCCUAUCCAGUAAUGAUUUCUCUCAUUCUCACAAUACCUUCAUCUAUUGGUGUACUUUAUUUUCUACUGUGGCAAACGUAUGUCAUUCGUUUGGAGGUUGUGCUGUGUGGAAUUCAACUCACUCUCUUGUCACUUGAGAUAAUUUUUGCUACGGUAUGUGUUGUAAGUUUCUAUCGCCAUAGAGCCUACUGAGCAUCAGUCAUAUUUAAAAACUAGUCUUCUGUUUUCUAGUCUAACAUAAAUGGAAUGAGGAGGAAUUCAAUUCCAUAGCAUUGGCUUUGACAAGCAGUGAGGGUUUAAAUUAUAAAUCAGUAUAGGUUUUAUAAAUAUUUAUUAUUAUCCUACCAUUUGUCUAAGACAAAAUGUUUCACAUAAUUUUAAGGUUCCAAUAGUCAGCUGGCAUGAUCCUUCAACAUCAGUACUCAUUGUCAUACAAUUAAACUUGUAAUUUUGUUUUCAAAGUCUGUCAGUCUUCACAAUUUUGAAUGAAAUGAAACAGCCUGUUCAUAGGGUCUCUUUUGUCUAGCACAGUAUCCCAUUAAAGAAUGGACAGAACAGAGAUCAACUACCAUGAAACUUACAGCAGGCAAACUGAGUAACAAACCCAGGUUUCUCUGUUGUAAGCAGUUCUGACUGUUGGUAUUUAGUAAAAAGAGAUGACAUGGAAUGUGAACAAUAUAAAACAAAGUAAAAUUUCAAAAGCAAACAAAUUUUCAAAUUUUUAAAGUUUAUCAAAUAUUUACAAAUGACCAACAUUUGCUGUUAAAUAAUUUUCCAUAACAAGUAAACACAGAUAAAACUAAACAUAUAGAAUUCAACUUAAAUCAAUUGGCUCGGAUCAAAUAAUACAAGAUAGCAAAAGAUUUCCAUGAAAGUUCAUAGUUCAUUCAUGAACCAUCUAAACAAGCCCAUCCCAAAUGGAAGGUUACAUGUAAUAAAUAAAAUAAACACUUUUAACACUUA